ACCACUGUGUUAUGUAAAAUUUGAUAAUUAGGGUCAGAGGUCAAAGGCAUUUUUGAAGGUCAAAGGAAGACAUAACAGUCAUAUAUUAAAAGAUAUACACUGCAGGAGGCCAUCUAUACAGCUUAUGUGUGAAAAAUAUUUCAGCACACUGUCCUUAAUUCUUAUUAAGCCACCAAAAAUGGUUUACACAACAAGCCCAAAAGGUUGUAAUAAAAGCAAUAUUUCUUUUAAAGAUAUUUAUUUAAUUGGUUGCAGAUUUCCUGCCUUUGCAGUUUGAUCUCAUGAAAAAUUUGUAGGAAUUCUAACCAAUUUUCCACAAACUUAACAGUAGUGUGAAUCCUCAGGAAUUUCUCAUUCUCAGGAAUGUCACUAGACAUUAGACUGUUAGUGCUGCACUCGAGUUUAUAUGUAGCAAGCUGACAGCACUUGAGGAGAUGAUGCACGAGUUGGUCAUGAGAGGUGAAGGAGGAGGAGCAGGUGCUGCACACAGACUGGUAGGCUCCCUCUGUGAGCCUGAAUGCUGUGGAGACGAUUACAAUAAGCAACUUUUCUCUUUCUCUCUGUUUGGAAAUUUGCAUAUGCAUUGCUAAAUGGCGGAGGAAGUUUUAACCGAGCCAUACGGAAAAAUCAGAAGGCAUUUAACCUCGACCCUGCUAGCAGCAGCACUGCUCUCGUCUUUUGGCAGCUCCAUGCUCUAUGGCUAUAACCUAGCUGUAGUCAAUUCUCCUGCUCAGGCCACACAGGUGCUUGUUCAGUUCCUUAUCAUUUCAAGACUGGACUACUGCAAUGCGCUCCUGGCAGGUCUGCCUCUGUGCACCAUUUGUCCUCCGCAACUGAUCCAGAAUGCAACUGCACGACUGGUUUUCAACCUUCCUAAGGUCUCCCACACCACCCCAUUGCUACGCUCCCUCCACUGGCUUCCUGUAGCUGCCCGCAUCAGAUUUAAAACACUGAUGCUCGCCUACAAAGCCAAAAACGGACCAGCACCCACUUAUCUUAGAGCACUUAUCACACCCCGCACUGCACCACGCUCCCUCCGAUCCUCUAGCACUGCUCGACUGGUCCCACCAUCUCUCAGGGUACAAGGAAGACCUGCAUCGAGACUCUUCUCUGUUCUGGCAUCAAGGUGGUGGAAUGAGCUUCUCCUAAAUGUCCGAACAGCUGAGUCACUGGCUGUCUUCAAACGACGUCUAAAGACUUACCUCUAAGUUAGCACUUACAAAAAAAAAAACUAUUGUCUGAGCGCCUGUCUAUUAUCUCUCCAACAGAGUUUUUGGACUGAUGGUAUUCCUAGUUUGUGAGCCAGUAUCAGAGUGUAUUUUUGAUAGACUUCAAAGCACUUUUGUAAGUCGCUCUGGAGAAGGGCAUCUGCCAAAUGCCAUAAAUGUAAAUGUAAAUAUCUAAGGCAGAGGUAUACUCAAACUUUUUGCUGUCAAUGACCCUUUCUAAAUCUUAAAGAGCUUCCAAGGACCCCCUUAAGAUCACAGUACAAAUUUAAUUUUAAGAACAAUAACAUGUACUAUCAUAUAACUGAUAGUACUGAAUAACUGAUUCGAGCCAUUAGAGCUUUUUAAUCCUGAACUUUCCUCUCACCUAGAUGUAGUAAGUUUGUGUGCCAUGUUAACAGCACUUCCUGGGUGAUUAGGCAAUGACAACUAAAUAGUAACCAUAACAACCUUGAAACAGGUUCAUAGUCAUUUCUAUAAAAAAAAAAGCAAUACAGUCAGGGACCACUGGAUAUAUAUCAUGGACUUCCAUGGGAGCCGCAGACCCCAGUUUGAGAACCAUGGAUCUAAAGUAUGCUAUUCAAGCAAGGCAUCCCAGAAAUAUAUAUUAACCAAAACAGUUUUGUAUAGAACUAUUACUACUUGAAAUAAAGAUCAAAAUAAAGUAAAGAUCAAAAUACAUCACUUGCUACAUCAGGAAGAAAUGUCACAAAGUCUCAAGAAGAACUGUCAGAUUCUCCAAGAUGCUCAGAAAGACCUCACAGCCAGUCUCCUUGUAAAACUGUAUGUGUUGUGUUAAUAUUGUUUAAUUUAUUACUGCGUACUUUACUAGUAGAUUUCAUUUAUGUUGAAAAAUUUCAUUAUUUUAAAUUAUUUUUUAGUUUACUUUCAUUAUUUUUGAAGGCAUCUUUGCUGUACAACAUUUCUUUACAGGUGCCUAAGACUUUCGCACAGUAUUAUGUAUAGCAACUGAGAUGAGCACAACCAAUGAUAAAAAUAAUAAAAAAGUAAAUUUGUCAAUUUUUUGUAUAUUCAAAUUUUGUUUCUUUAUUUUAUGUAUAUAAUUUACUUGUUUAGAGAUUUAAUUAUUUGUGUAUUUAGUUCUUGUUUGGCUUAGUUGUUUUUAAUUUCAUUGUUUAUUAAACUGUUUUUUCUUUAUCCAAGAUAAUGAAGCAUUAAUGUUCUUCAUUCUUGCAUAUAAAAUUG